AUGAGUGAUCCUGACCUGGUCUGCCGAAACAUCAAGGAGAUUCUCGAACGCUACCAUGAAGCCACACUCACGCUAGCGAAUGCAAAUGAAGGACCAGUCUCGCCCGAUGCCAGCCUGCGGCUGGACGAGCUGGAGGGCGAAGGCAUGGAGGACAUGCUAAGCCGCCAGGCAAAUUCCCUGCUUCAGGUGUAUGACGCUGGCAAAGCCGGAUGCUCCAGGGACAGCGCUGCUUUCGCCCGUAUAGCCCUUCGGCUAAAGGACGUUGAGCUCGCGAGCCACGCCCGCCUCUACGUGUACCGUUUCGACCAGGUGCCGUUUCGCUGGCGACAAAUCUACUCUGACGCGCAUAUUCUCACCACAUUUCACAUUCUGCUGGCGAACCUACCGUGGCAACGACCAUUCGAAGAGCAGAAGCAGGGCUUCUUGAAGAGUUUAGACGAGGUGAUUGCGCGGCUCGAUCGGGCCCUCGUCACAGCCGGUGGGGGAGGCCGCGAGAGCUGGAUUAACCAGACGAUGAAGAUGCUCCAUCAAGCAUGGGAGCGUAUAGAGGAACCGGGUCUCGAAGGCGAAUUCUCCAGUCGGGAGCCGUUUGGCCGUCCGACGCUGACGAGACCGUGCGCAAGACACCAAGGCUGGGAUAUCGACCGGUUUGAGAGGUACAUGGAAGAGGGCCAUGCAGUGGCCGUGAAUACCGGCGCCGUCGGCCCUGUGCCCAUUGUGUUUACAGACUUGACACGGGACGACUGGCCUGCGCUGCGCCAAAGGACGUGGUUCCGGCCAGACUACCUCUUCCGGCAGACGACUGGCGGACGAAGGCUCGUUCCAGUCGAGAUUGGACGCAGCUACGUCGAUGCCGGAUGGGGCCAAGAGCUCCUGCCCUUCAAGGACUUUCUUGUCCGCUUCAUCGACAGGACCCUCACCUCUGGCGAUGCCACCGCCGCCACCGCCGCCGCCGCCGCCGACCCCGCUGCCGCCUCUGUGGCGGCGCAGCAGACCGGCUACCUCGCCCAGCACAACCUCUUUGAGCAGAUCCCCGCGCUGCGCAACGACAUCCUGGUUCCCGACCUCUGCUGGGCCGCCGCGCCGAGCCAGCACCCCCUGACAGGCGCCGCGAAGCCCAAGCUCCCGCUGCCGGAGCUCAACGCCUGGUUCGGCCCGCCCGGCACCAUCACGCCGCUGCACACGGACGGCUACAACAACCUCCUGUGCCAGGCCGUAGGCGCCAAGUACGUGCGGCUGUACCCGCCCCAGGCGGACAAGUACAUGCGGCCCAUGUCGAGCGAUGAGAAUGGCGUCGAUAUGAGCAACACGAGCGCCAUUGACCUCGGCGCCAUCGAGGGCUGGGACGGGGGCCCCGAUGCGGAUGUGAGCGACGAUGAAGAGACGAAGAAGUAUAUACAGGAACAAAGGGACAGCCUAGAGGGCGUCGAGUACUUUGAGUGUAUACUGGAGCCUGGCGAUACGUUGCUGAUACCCGUGGGCUGGUGGCAUUGUGUGCGGAGCUUGAGCGUUAGCUUCAGUGUCAGUUUUUGGUGGAAUUGA